CCGCCCCGCGCGCGGACCUGCAGCCAUGGCAGUCACCGCCCAGGCAGCCCGCAGGAAGGAGCGCGUCCUCUGCCUGUUUGACGUGGACGGGACCCUCACGCCGGCUCGCCAGGUCCCGAAUGCCCCGCCCCAUCCUCUGUGGUGAAGUUGCCCUGGCUUGGGCCCUGGAGGCCUUCCUGCAGGGGUGGAUCCAGGAGGAAGAUAGCAGGACUGGAGCAAAGAAAAUUGACCCUGAGGUGGCCGCCUUCCUGCAGAAGCUGCGAAGUAGAGUGCAGAUCGGUGUGGUGGGCGGCUCUGACUACUGUAAGAUCGCUGAGCAGCUGGGUGACGGGGAUGAAGUCAUUGAGAAGUUUGAUUAUGUGUUUGCCGAGAACGGGACGGUGCAGUAUAAGCACGGACGACUGCUCUCCAAGCAGACCAUCCAGAACCACCUGGGGGAGGAGCUGCUGCAGGACUUGAUCAACUUCUGCCUCAGCUACAUGGCCCUGCUCAGGCUGCCCAAGAAGCGUGGAACCUUCAUCGAGUUUCGGAAUGGCAUGCUGAACAUCUCGCCCAUCGGCCGGAGCUGCACCCUGGAGGAGAGGAUCGAGUUCUCCGAACUGGACAAGAAAGAGAAGAUCCGGGAGAAGUUCGUGGAAGCCCUGAAAACAGAGUUUGCUGGCAAAGGGCUGAGGUUCUCUCGAGGAGGCAUGAUCAGCUUUGACGUCUUCCCCGAGGGCUGGGACAAGCGCUACUGCCUGGAUAGCCUGGACCAGGACAGCUUCGACACCAUCCACUUCUUUGGGAACGAGACUAGCCCUGGUGGGAACGACUUUGAGAUCUUUGCCGACCCCCGGACUGUUGGCCACAGCGUGGUGUCUCCUCAGGACACGGUGCAGCGAUGCCGGGAGAUUUUCUUCCCAGAGACAGCUCAUGAGGCGUGACCGGGGCCCACAUCUGUGUGUCGUGACUUCUGAAGAGUUUGGCCUAGGCCUAAAGAGAGGUCCUGGUGUUGGAUAGAUGCCAGGGCCCCUCCUCUGGCCCAGGAUGCCCACCCAGAUGGGGCCAGAGUCCGUGUGGACAACCGUCCCCAGCCAGUCUGCUCCUAGUGGCACUGGCUUCGUCCUCCCAGGGCCCAGAGUGUUCCCCGUGCUCCACCUGGUGGCCCAGGCCACAGCUGCUGCUUGUAUUUCGGUACAGAAGAGGUUUCUUUCUGCACCAGGAGGAGGCGUGCGCAAGUGUCGGUACGAGAUCUAGCCUGCCCUGCCUGCCUGCCCUGGGCGAUGAGGUACGGUGGGGAAGGUGCCUAUUUUAGAGAACUUUGUCACAGUAUUAAAGUUCCCAGAACAAA